AUGAUGGAAGGCCUGGACGACGGCCCCGACUUCCUCUCGGAGGAGGACCGCGGACUUAAAGCAAUAAAUGUAGAUCUUCAAAGCGAUGCUGCUCUGCAAGUGGACAUUUCUGAUGCUCUUAGUGAAAGAGAUAAAGUAAAAUUCACUGUUCACACAAAGAGUUCAUUGCCAAAUUUUAAACAAAAUGAGUUUUCUGUCGUUCGACAACAUGAGGAAUUUAUCUGGCUUCAUGAUUCCUUUGUUGAAAAUGAAGACUAUGCAGGUUACAUUAUCCCACCAGCACCACCAAGACCUGAUUUUGAUGCCUCAAGGGAAAAACUACAGAAGCUUGGAGAAGGAGAAGGGUCCAUGACGAAGGAGGAAUUCACAAAGAUGAAACAGGAACUGGAAGCUGAAUACUUGGCAAUAUUCAAGAAGACUGUGGCAAUGCAUGAAGUAUUCCUGUGUCGUGUGGCAGCACAUCCUAUUUUGAGAAAAGAUUUAAAUUUCCAUGUCUUCUUGGAAUAUAAUCAAGAUUUGAGUGUGCGAGGAAAAAAUAAAAAAGAGAAACUUGAAGAUUUCUUUAAAAACAUGGUUAAAUCAGCAGAUGGAGUAAUUGUUUCAGGAGUAAAGGAUGUAGAUGAUUUCUUUGAGCAUGAACGAACAUUCCUUUUAGAAUACCAUAACCGAGUUAAAGAUGCAUCUGCUAAAUCUGAUAGGAUGACAAGAUCCCACAAAAGUGCUGCAGACGAUUACAAUAGAAUUGGUUCUUCAUUAUAUGCUUUAGGAACUCAGGAUUCUACAGAUAUAUGCAAAUUUUUUCUCAAAGUUUCAGAACUGUUUGAUAAAACGAGAAAAAUAGAAGCACGAGUGUCUGCUGACGAGGACCUCAAACUUUCUGACCUUUUAAAAUAUUACUUAAGAGAAUCUCAAGCUGCUAAGGAUCUCCUCUAUCGAAGAUCUAGGUCACUAGUGGAUUAUGAAAAUGCUAAUAAAGCACUGGAUAAAGCAAGAGCCAAAAAUAAAGAUGUUUUACAGGCAGAAACAUCCCAACAAUUAUGUUGUCAGAAAUUUGAAAAAAUAUCAGAGUCUGCAAAACAAGAACUUAUAGAUUUUAAGACAAGAAGAGUUGCAGCAUUCAGAAAAAACUUAGUGGAACUGGCAGAAUUGGAACUGAAGCAUGCAAAGGGCAACCUACAGCUGCUGCAGAACUGCCUGGCUGUGUUAAACGGAGACACAUAA